CUUCCAACGUCCCACCCGCUUCUCCUCCCUUUUUUACUGUGUCAAACGACCUCCUUCCUGCAGUGCCCAAUCAUCCCUCUCGCCUUGCUUCCCGUCUCAGCAUACACUACCCGCUUCCAGUUUUCCCAAGGUUCGUCAAUUUGACUCUUCACGUUACCGCCUUUGGUUCCAGGAGCAUAUUCCGGCAAUACAUCGCCCAUUAAUCAACAGGCAUAUAUCAAGGAUGCGGCUUGGUAGUCACGAUUCUCGUGGUUUUGGCUGGUAGCCAUCUCUCAUCAUGUCGCGCGCCUCAGCAGGUUUUGCAGACUUUUUUCCCACCGCUCCAUCGGUUCUACAGCAGAAACGCAAAGCCACCCAGGACAGGCCCCAUUCCAAAGUCCAUACAAAUCACGAUGUCGACCACGAAACACUUGCAUAUUCCGCAGAGCCUCCGGGUGUCAUUGCUAUGGGGGUCAGCACUACAAGCGCAACUUCAACGGUCGAAUUGCCCCGGGAUAUGAAGAAUACGUUAUCCGAUACAUGCCCGGAUGGAUUGUCAAGCUCCACAAACAAGAGUCUUUCCACGCCUCACGCUUCUGCAUUACCACCCGGCGCGACAUCUAGCAGCGAAGGACGCUUAGAUACGCUGACGCCGCUUACGAAUGCAGACUCCCCACCCACUCAGAAGCUCAGUCCAGGUCGAUCCAAGUCAAUGGCUACAGUGGAUGUUCUAUCAAAAUAUCCUAGAGUUGAUGAAACGAAGCCAGCCAUCACCUUGCUUCAAACCCCAGCAACACCACAAUCUCAGGGACGCUCGGUUGGGAAUUCCAGAGGAUGGAAAAUCAUCUUCGACCCUGAAACGGAAAGACGAACAUCGAAAGACAAACGGAGAAAGGCGCGCUAUUCGGAAAUCAAUUCCAACGGACAGGUUGAUAGGCCACCAGACCCUCGACUGGGCAUACUUAAUUAUGUACGUGGUGCCGGCUGCAAGCAGAAAACAAAGUUUCGACCGGCCCCAUAUGCGUUGCGACAAUGGGUGUACGAUGCUACUACCACCAUUGGGCCUGGGCCUCCGAUCCAGAUAGUGGUUACUGGGUUUGAUCCUCUGACCCCGAUUGCACCAAUCAGUGCAUUAUUUUCCAGCUUCGGAGAGAUUGCCGAGAUAAAUAAUCGUACUGAUCCAAUAACCGGCAGAUUUCUUGGGAUCUGUUCCGUGAAGUACAAAGAUAGUGUGUCGUUCCGAGGAGGCGGCCCGGUACUCGCAAUGAAUGCGGCAAGGCGAGCCUACUAUGAGUGCAAGAAAGAGCAGCGCAUCGGGACACGGAGGAUCCGAGUUGAAUUAGAUCGAGAUGGCGUCGUUUCCGACAAGAUAGUGUCAAGAGCGAUCGACUCCCAGAGAAUGGGAUACAAGAACAAUCUCUCAGUCACCGAAGAGGCGAAAGCCAGUCUCUCUGCCAAUCUCAAUGAGCCUCCCCCGUCAGCCCCAAAAGGUCCAUCGGGAAGGCCUUCGAUGCGGCCGGCAGCCGUGAUUCCUGAAGGACCAAGAGCUAGUUUCUUCAAAUCACUUGUGCCAUCGUUGGUUGAGGAAAUCCCUAUUUUGAGUCAAAUCAAGCGAGACCCAUAUAUCUUCAUUGCGCAUUGCUAUGUUCCAGUCCUUAGUACGACCGUUCCUCACCUGAAAAAAAGGUUGAAAGUAUUCGAUUGGAAAGAUAUUCGAUGUGACAAGACGGGUUAUUACAUCAUUUUCGAAAAUUCUAGGCGAGGCGAAGAGGAAACAGAACGUUGCUACAAGAUGUGCCACAUGAAGCCUUUGUUUACCUACAUCAUGAACAUGGAAAGCCAACCCUAUGGCAAUCCAGGCUACGAGCGCAGCCCCAGCCCAGAGAGGCUGCAGGCAGAGCAGCGAGAGCGAGCGAAAAUGGAUAGGAUCAAGAGAGAGGCUGAACUGGACCUCGAAGAAGAGAAAAGACAGAGAGCAAAUGACCUGGAUCCUUGCAAGGAAGUGGUAGCAAUAAUUGUUCGGGAUUUAAAGGAUAAACUGCUCGAAGACGUCAAAUCUCGGAUUGCUGCACCUACCUUGUAUGAUUACCUUGACCCAGACCGACAUGCCGCAAAACGGAAACAGCUCGGUAUACGUGAUCCAGAAGGGGCGAAACGACCUUUGUUCCAGAUUGGCAUAAAUAGUCCAGUGGGGACACCAGAUUCACGCUCAGAAUUAUCCACAGCCCGUCACCCUUUCAGUUCCUCAAACUUGAGCAUCCUUGCGCUUCCACGUAUUAGGAAGGCUCACCGUCUCAACCACACAGACACCGCUUUCUUAGAUGAGAGGCGUAAACAGCCAUCGCGGAGGAAAGACGUUCGACCUCUUUAUCACCGACUACAACAACUACACCACGUGGACGAUUCAGAUGACGAGCAGAGGACGCCGUUUACAAGGGACACUGAUGAUCCAGACAGUCGUGCCCCAAGUCGGAUGAGCUCGGAGUCGUCGGACUCGGAGGAUAUUGAUGGAUCUGCCCCUGAGACAUUUGACUUAUCUACUCCAGGAAAGGCUGAUGGCGAGAUUUUGUACAGUGCACUUCCGAAAAACAACAUUGAUUCCUUGGCCGAACCGGUUAAUGAUGUUCCGUAUGAUGCUUCAUCUCGUGAGCUGCACGAACUCUCCCCUGCAUCGCGCAAGAGAAAACGAGAAGGUGACACAGCCAACUCGCGAAAGAGGCAUAAAGAUGACAACGACCUCUUUGGAGUCGAUCUUGGUAGAGUUUCAGAGAGUAGAAUGGAAAUGGAAUCAUCUAUCGACAUGGAGAUUGUUGAAAGGGACGUUGCCAAUGGAAAUUUUUAUAUCGCCAGCAGCAAAGAUCCGAUUGGUGGUCAUGAUACCGGACAUUCAACGCGGACAGACGACACUGCAAGACUUGUGUGUUCCCAGGCGGCUGUUGAGGCCGAACCCCUUGACGAAGAUCACAGCUGCGUCUUCGUUCCCGUCAGCCAAAGUGACCUUGAAGCCCAGAGGGAAGUGUCAAGGACUGAGAUCGAAUGGAAGGUUUCCAAUGACGAGCCUAGACCGACGGUCGAGGACGACGAAGCUAUCGUGCUUGAUCUUGAUGGAUGGCAGAAUCUCAUAAAAGACGGCGAGGACCUGGGUUUCCUUCGUGACGUACUGGAAGGCUUGCCAAUAUCCAACGUUGGAAGUCUUUCUGCUUGGGCUUGGAGACAAAAGGAAAUCAAAGCCCUCAACCGCCCAGGAGAAGUAGGGCCCGUGCGCGAAGAGACCAGUAUCCUUGGCUAUUAUGUCUCGAAUAUCACAGGAGCAGCAAGGACGGAGGGGAGAAAGAAGAUUCUGGAAUCGGAGAAGUCGAAAUAUUUGCCACACCGUAUCAAAGUUCAAAGGGCUCGUGAAGAGCGAGAAGCGAAGGCAAAGAAUGACCCUCAUACUGUUGCUGUCGAAGCCGCAAGGAUUGCUGCAGCCAAGACGAUAUCAAAAUCCACUUCCAGAUCCACAAGAGUCAAUAAUCGCCGACUUAUCGCCGAUAUCAACGCGCAAAAGCAGGCUCUCCCAACUCAGAGCGGCGACGGCGAUGUUCUUCGUUUCAAUCAGCUGAAAAAGCGAAAGAAACCAGUUCGCUUCGCUCGGUCUGCGAUUCAUAAUUGGGGCUUGUAUGCGGAGGAAAAUAUCUCGGCCAAUGAUAUGAUCAUCGAAUACGUGGGUGAGAAAGUCCGGCAGCAGGUUGCAGAUAUGAGAGAACGACGGUAUUUGAAAAGUGGAAUCGGCAGCAGUUACCUAUUUCGUAUCGACGAGAACACGGUCAUUGAUGCCACAAAGCGAGGAGGCAUUGCAAGGUUUAUUAACCACAGUUGUACACCUAAUUGCACUGCCAAGAUCAUCAAAGUGGACGGUAGUAAAAGGAUCGUCAUAUAUGCCUUGAGGGACAUCGAAAGAGACGAAGAGCUUACGUAUGAUUACAAGUUCGAAAGGGAAUGGGACAGCGAUGACAGGAUCCCCUGUCUAUGUGGUUCUACUGGCUGUAAGGGCUUUCUCAACUAGGAACGGAUUCAAAUUGAAGCUACACGGCCUGAAUUCGGGAUAAGUCUCGUCAUGAGAACUGUCAUGAGCUCCCUGCCGCAUUGCGGCAUGCAAAUCUACCACAUAGACAUUGAGCAAGUAGUAUUAAUCUGAUGGCGUCGAACAAAUUGCGUGUCU